UUUCUGCUAAUUUAUUCUUGUCUUUUUUGUGUAUAUGCAGAGCACAAAGUAAUCAUAGUGGGUCUUGAUAAUGCUGGAAAGACUACUAUUCUUUACCAAUUCUUAAUGAAUGAAGUGGUUCAUACAUCUCCAACCAUAGGAAGCAAUGUAGAAGAAAUAGUGGUGAAAAACACUCAUUUCUUAAUGUGGGAUAUUGGAGGACAGGAAUCAUUACGGUCAUCGUGGAAUACCUAUUACUCAAACACAGAGUUCAUCAUUCUUGUUGUUGACAGCAUUGAUAGAGAGCGACUUUCUAUCACAAAAGAAGAACUUUACAGAAUGCUGGCUCAUGAGGAUUUACGGAAGGCUGCAGUUCUGAUCUUCGCAAACAAGCAGGACGUGAAAGGUUGCAUGACAGCUGCCGAGAUAUCUACGUACCUCACCCUUAGCUCCAUAAAGGAUCACCCAUGGCACAUUCAGUCCUGUUGUGCUUUGACAGGAGAAGGGUAA